CCUACUUAUGUAAAAUAGUGAAAUAUGUCUCCGUAUAUUAUGUCUUGCUUACCGCUAUCGAGUCAGGCCUAGUGAAUUUAAACAAGUUCGGACGCUCUUUGAACAUAUCUGGAUUACUUGUAACUACAUACUUUUACUGGAUAUUGUUGCUGACGUGUGUUAUAAAGCAAGAAACAUUUGGAUCCGUUAGGAUUUGAAAUUACGCCAUCUUGAUUUCAAUCGACUGGAAUGAUUCAACAUUUCGGAAUCUAGCUUGCAGGAUUAUAAUCGUAUUUCACGUCUAGGAUAUAUUUUAUAUAUGGAUAUUUUGCAUCUACUAGAUACCUACAAGUAAGUGUUAUUAUACCACUUCAGUUGGAAACUUUUGGACAUUGGUGUUGCUAAAACCGAACGCAACGUAUUGCACUGAAGCGACAUCUUUCUGACGUGCAUUAAACUGUUUGUCAUGAGAUGUGAUCCAAGGAUUUCGAACUAAUUCAUGUCAUUAUGUCGAGCUCAAGUAGUGACAGUGAAUAUGAAACAGACGACAAUGAUCCCAUUGCUACCCAGACGGAACAUCAGUUACUCGAAUUCGUUAAAGCAAGAUGCGGCAAUCGCAAUAGAGGCGAUUUUAAGUCCAAAUUCAUCAGCUCCGGUAAAAAUGCUGAAGGCCUGAAUGGCAUACGGGACGCAUUCUACGAUCUCGCCAGAAUUAGAAGACCCGACGAUAUGCCCCCUGGUGCCCUUGUAACAAGAAAGCCUCAACGUAGGGGAGGCGAGGCCUAAGGUCUUGAAUUAAAGCUUGCAGAUGAUAUAUUCAUCCUUUACCAAUACAUUUCUGGCUCCUCUAAUAUAGCCGAGAUGAAAAAUCUCCUAAAUGCGAAAAAACAGCGCAAAAAAAAACAAAACCAUCAUCUUCUGAAAGUACAUGUGUAGACGCAAAGUCUUCUCACAAUUCUAAACCAGAACAAACAGUUAUUUUAUCUCAUAUCAUUGAAUUGAAAGUGGAACUCGCAGAGCUAAAAGAAGAGCUACGCAAUACAAUAUCUGAAAAAGAUGCGUCGUUGAGGAAAAAAUCUGAAACUCAAACAAUUGACCUCAGCCGUUCUAAAGACGAAGAACAAAGACUACGUAAUGAAAUCAAGAUGGCUAACAAAACAAUUCAAGAUCAAAAGCUUAAAAUCCAAAAUCUUCGUGACGAAGCUAGAGAUGCACAUGCCAAUAUGUACAAAAGCAUACAAACUCUUCACAAUAAGCUGUGCCUGAUUGAUAAAUCAUUAUCACAGCCAAAGUCAGAUGACUCCCCCAAUAAGUGUAUGUCUCCGACAACACUCACAUCUACCAAUUCGACUACAAGGACAACACCCACUUCCACCAACUUAUCGGUCACACCUACAACAGCGCACUCAACUACUACCACACCUGUCAUGUCUACGAUUCAAAGUACACCGACCAAAGCUGCCAGCAGCAUACCUGUCACAUCUACCAUCUCGUCCAAAGCCACUAAUAAUGUGGAGAGUUCAAACUCAAAUACAUCGACAUCUUCUCAGUGCUGUAGUUCUGAUGUCAUGCCUACAACAACUCGCACUGCCUGCACAAUUGUCAAGUCUACGUCAACGACCACAAAUGCUACACAAUUGAAUAUAGCGCCAACAGUUCCAUCAACAUCCAACAGUAAACCCACUGGCGCUGUGCCCAAUCCAAUUAUUCAAGCGCCAAUAAAUGGAACAAAACCCACGUACUCCAAACCUUGGCCUCAUGGCAAGGUAUCUCCAAAUCCUCAAACCAAGCAAAUCCAGUCUAUCAUUACCUCUAAAAAGCACUCCUCUGCAUACUCGUACUCUACGAGUCAUGACCAUGAUAGUCGCUAUUUCGACGAGUGUAGUCGUACAGAUAGUGAUGAUCAUGAUACUGACUUCGUGGGCGUUGCUACACUUAAACGCCAACGUACAAAACGCAUACUCCUUAAUAAUGUAAAAUCAGUUCCAUAUGACAAGCUUAGGCAAUCUAUAAUAUCGUAUGCUUUAAAACGUGGCGUUAAAGUUACCAACAUGCGUGUUGUCGGAAAAAGGAGUAACAGAAAUGGAAUUGAAACACUCUCGGUGAGACUUAAUGUUAUAAAUUCUCAAUAUCAAUUAGCAGUAUCUAAUGAAUUUUGGCCAGACAACACUUUUUGUAGACAUUGGCUCUCAGAAAAGCAGUACAACUUUAACCAGGUUGGCGACAAUUGGUUCGGACCGCGCAACAAGUACGACGAUAACAUGUCUGAGGACGACUGGUCAUACGACUGCACUCCUACCAAUUGUUAAUGAUAAGCAAUCUUAAUAUUUUAAAUUGGAACUGUAAAGGUAUCAUGUAUGGCUCACCCUACUUAGCCACGCUUCUCCCCUUGUUACAUAUAGUCGUUUUAACUGAGCACUGGCUCUAUCCUGAUUCUACUUCAUUUCUAGAUUCAUUUGAUUCAAAUUUUUCUGCCUUGACGGUUUGUGACAAACGCCUUUCUAUAGACUAUGGUCCGAGGGGUGGCUGUGGUGGUGUUGCUAUAUUAUACAGAAAAGAAUUUAUUGUAAAACCGAUACCUGUCAAUGACCGAAUCUGUGGAGCUCAAUUGCUUGUCAGUAAGGAUACUUACAUUUUCGUCUUUGCUGUUUAUAUGCCAUGUAACACUUACCCAGAAAAUAUUUUUCUGGAGUACCUCGAUUCUCUGUAUGAAGUUUACCAUAAAUACAAGCAGCUUGGCACAGUUGUAUUUGCUGGUGAUUUUAAUGGCCAUUUGAGUGCAAAAAGUGGCCCAAGAUGUAGCAUUUCGCCAAAUUCUAGGGGUCUUAAGAUAGAAGAUUGGUUAUUAGAAUGUAA